AAUCGUCAGUCGUUUCUAAGCUGGGCUCGUGUUCACUACAAGUUUUUGAAAGCAAUUCAGUUUCCUAAUAUAAUUUAAGAAAAAAUAACUUACAAAAAGAUAACGAUGACUAACUACAGCAUUUUUUUGCUUCUCUUCUGUGCCAUUUCGAGUUCAAUUGCCCAAACACCAACUGUAAUGAAUGAAGCAUUUGAAAAACUUGGCAUAACUCAGAUUAAAGGAACAAUAAAAAGACCACCCAAUGAUUAUGUUACUUCUGCGCCCACAGUUAAUAGCGAAAAUAAAUUUAACAAUUCAUAUAACGAAGUUCCAGCUUGCUUAUGUGUUCAUAUGAAGAAAUGCGAAACUUCAUCAGAGGAGAAUUACGGCGAUGACCCGAAAAAAAUCAAAAGAGGAAAUUGUCGUGGAGUAUUCGACCUGUGUUGUCCCCCUAGUAGAGUGAUCACAAGUGAUUCUUCUGAAGAUGAGGAAUACAUUAAUAAAGUACCUGAACCAAAAGGAUCAAACAUUUCAGUUAUUUUUGCGCCCAAAGUUGGUAGCGAAAAUCAAUUUAACAAUUCAUAUAACGAAGUUCCAGCUUGCUUAUGUGUUCAUAUGAAGAAAUGCGAAACUUCAUCAGAUGAGAAUUACAGCGAUGACCCGAAAAAAAUCAAAAGAGGAAAUUGUCGUGGAGUAUUCGACCUGUGCUGUCCCCCUAGUAGAGUGAUCACAAGUGAUUCUUCUGAAGAUGAGGAAUACAUUAAUAAAGUACCUGAACCAAAAGGAUCAAACAUUUCAGUUAUUAUGCCUUUGCCGACAGUUGAUAGCAAUACAAAUCUUAACAAAUCAUUUGACAUUCCUCCAACUUGCGAAUGUGUUGAGUAUCACAAAUGUGAGCCUUCCUCGGACGAUAAGAAUAUCGAUGGUUCCUUUAACAAGUUCGGAACAUUGAACAUUCGAAGGGGAUAUUGCCCUAAUGCUAUGCAUCUAUGUUGUCCUGUAAAACAAGUCCAGAAGGAGACCAUAAAUCCCAGGCCUAAGGAAAAACUUGGUUGUGGUAUUCGGAACAUUGGUGGGAUAGAUUGUACCAUUAAGGGUGCCACACAGUUUGAAUCCGACAUUGCUGAAUUUCCCUGGACUGUGGCAUUUAUGGUAAAUGGUAACUAUUCCUUUGCUGGAUCACUUAUUCAUCCACAGGUGGUCUUGACUACUCAUCGGGCCCAAAAUUGGAAAACCUAUACGGUUCGUGCUGGUGAAUGGAACUUUAAGUCAACUGGUGAGCGACUGAAGUAUCAGGAAAUAACGGUUAGCAGAAUCAUCCAGCAUCCUGAAUACAAUUCGAUAAACCUGGCCAAUGAUGUGGCCUUUGUAAUACUUGAAAAACCCUUCACAUUGGAUGAUCAUAUCAACGUGAUAUGCCUGCCAGAACAAGGAACUACGCAGCCGUCCACUACUCAAUGUAUUGCCAACGGAUGGGGCAAGGAUGCCCAUGGUGAAUCGGGAAAAUUUUUGGCCAUAAUGAAAAAGGUGACCUUGCCGAUUGUAGACUCUGGAGAUUGUCAGAAACGUUUGCGAAAGACAGAACUUGGAUCUUCGUUUACCCUGGAUAAAUCUCAAAUAUGUGCGGGUGGGCAGAAAGGAAUUGAUACCUGCGACGGCGACGGCGGUGGACCUCUUGCCUGCCCACUUGGAAAUCUUUCAGAUAACCGCUAUCAGCUAAAUGGCAUAGUGUCCUUCGGAGUUGGUUGCAACAAUGAAUGGCCUGGUGGUUAUUCCAAUGUGGCAUCCUUCCGAGACUGGAUUGACCGCCAAAUGGAUGAGAAUAACUUUGAUAAAUCGUUAUAUACCCAUAAAGCUUAAUUUGGCUAAAAGAUUUCAGGCAAAUCAGUAGCAAAAAAAGAAAA